AUGAAGAUGCUCCCAUCGAAUGAGAUUGCGUCCUCAUCGUGCCCGGAUGGCCCCGACGACGACCCAUCUAUGCUGCAGUCGACGUCGUCGUCCAGCUCGCGAUUGCCAUCUCAAAUUGUCUCACCGUCGGAGUCAGCGGGUCGUCCUUGGUAUCAUGGCGAGAUUUCGCAGACGGAGGCUGAGGUGUUACUCGAUGUCGCCCAACCGGGUCGAUUUCUCGUGCGUAAAGCUGGACCUACUCGGAUACAUCAGCUCGGACGCUUUUUCUAUUUAAAUGCGGGGAAAUUUACCACGUUAGCUGAAGCCGUGCAACAUCACUGUGAGAUGGUUGAUACAGCUGAGCCAGUACAAGUCCAAACGACGGCUUUGAGUCCGUCAUUUAUAUCU